GGCCUAGAGGUCCCUGGGGUGACCCUGGAAAUGGACAAGUGAAAGGAAAGAAGGGAGACCCAGGCCCACCUGGGAAGCCUGGUUUGCCUGGUUUCAAAGGAGAACAAGGCCCACCUGGGCCCCAGGGUGAUCCUGGGCGGCUGGGGCUCAUUGGAAUGAAGGGGAAUCCUGGCAUCCAAGGUUUCCCAGGAAUCCAAGGGAUGAAAGGACCUGCUGGUGCUCCUGGUUCAGCCGGCCCUGCAGGGGAUCCAGGCCCUAGAGGUCCUUCAGGUCCCCCUGGCUUUCCUGGUCCCUCUGAGCAGGAUCUCAUAGUCAAAGGAGAUAUUGGACCUCCAGGACCACCAGGCCAGCCAGGAUUGAAAGGUCUCCCAGGGAUCCCAGGACCCCAAGGCUUACCAGGUCUGACUGGCUCACCAGGAGACCCUGGACGUAACGGACACCCUGGUGUUAAUGGCCCAGGAGGCCGCAAAGGAGACCCAGGCCCAUCAGGCCAACCAGGUAGCCGUGGAGUAGAUGGUUCCCCAGGACCAGAUGGUUUGCCAGGUCUCCCAGGUCCCCCGGGAACCCUUUCUCUGGCCCAUGGAUUUCUCGUCACACGUCAUAGCCAGACCACAGAUAUACCACAAUGCCCUCAAGAAACUGUCCAGAUCUACACAGGGUUUUCUCUCCUGUAUGUGCAAGGAAAUGAGAGGGCCCAUGGCCAAGACUUGGGGACGUCUGGCAGCUGCCUCCACCGCUUCAGCACCAUGCCUUUCAUGUUCUGUAACAUCAACAACGUAUGCAACUUUGCCUCAAGAAAUGACUACUCCUACUGGCUGUCCACUCCCAAGCCCGUGCCAAUGACCAUGGAGCCACUGAAGGGAGAAAGCAUCUUGCCAUUUAUCAGUCGGUGCUCAGUAUGUGAAGCCCCAGCAACAGUGAUUGCAAUUCACAGUCAGACCACCCAGAUCCCCCAUUGCCCACAGGGCUGGGACUCUCUUUGGAUUGGUUAUUCUUUUAUGAUGCACAUGAGUGCUGGUGCGGAAGGCUCAGGCCAGGCCCUGGCCUCCCCUGGUUCGUGUCUAGAAGAAUUCCAUCCAGCCCCCUUCAUCGAGUGCCAUGGACGGGGAACUUGCAACUACUAUGCCAACUCCUACAGCUUCUGGCUAGCAACUGUGGAGACAUCAGACAUGUUCAGUAAGCCACAACCAGAGACACUCAAAGCUGGAGACUUGAGGACACGCAUUAGUCGAUGUCAAGUUUGUAUGAAGAGGACAUAAAAUGUCGGAGAAUUUUGGGGAGGAGGAUGAAGAUUUGUUUGAAUGGAAAACUCCCAGGGUGCACUGUUUCUGCCCCACCAAUGGUGCUACUGUACACAGCCAAAAACAGGGCUACAGACUGUUACCCAUCCAGAUCCAGAUGCACCUCUGCAAAAUGCUGGAAGAGCCUUCUCCCUUGCAUGUUUGACAAAAGGAACAAAGAAAAGAAUGGACGUCUUAGACCCAGGGAAAAUGCAAAUGAAGACUGCUUUUGGCCCACAAACUAAAACGGCCCUUUUUUUAAUCAGCUAA